AUAAAGAUUUAACUGUAAGUCUACGAGACCUCUAACAACAUGCUAUCUUCAGGUAUCUCCUAUCAAAUUAAUCUACGGUAUUUCCUGACAAACAUUGAAGGUAGAUGAUACUGGAGAAUGGAGAUCUCAUAUCCAUUUGGGAUACAGUUCUUUCCUCUUAAUUCCCAAUAAAAACAAACUAACGAAAAGUUAAUACUCUAGAAAGACAAAAUGGAAACAAAAAAUGAUAAAUAAGAGGGGACAUAUAAGUGGAAUCUGAUUUUUUUCAUGUGUGUGAGUGUCAAUGUGGGUGAGGAAUGAGGAAAAAGGUAGUGAAGACAGACAACAUCAUUUUCCUCAAAGAAAGCUAAGUCCUAGAAUCAUCACUCCAAUUCCCUUUUUUGGCCCCCCUUUUCUAUUUCUUGCUUCUUUGACCCUUCACUUAAUUACUCUUACCUACAUGCUUUUUGACACCUUCAUUACUCUCUAAAUUAACCACUCCAAUAAGUAAUAACACCACUAACUAAUUAAUCCAGCUAAUACCUCUGGACAUCAUUCAACAAAAGCUUAGUUAAGAAACUAUAAUGAUACUUACAAAACCUCUUAUUUUCUUCUCUUUUAUUGUUCUUAUAAAGUGAUAUAUGAAGGGGAAAAAAGAGAAAGGGAGAGCAACAAACUUUCAGAGCAAGUCAUAGGUUAAAAGCCCCCUAGCUUUUCUUCCAUCACUUUCAUUCCUCUCUUCUCAUUCUAAGUGAGACUUUCACAGAGAAUAUAAGAGAUCUUGUUCAGAUCUUUCAACUAUUAUCCCCUCUUAUAUCUUCUGAAAAUCAAUACUAAACCCCAUCUCUUAUAGCUACAUAGAGAAACACUGUAUACCUUGAAAUUUUCGAAAACAUGGGAAGUUACUACUACAGAAGAAAAUCUCGGAAACACAUCACUACCGUUGCCUUCAUCAUCCUUCUUCUUUUGUUUCUGUUUCUUUACGCUAAAGCUUCAUCGUCGUCCUCUCUUGAUAUUCCUCACCACUCAACUCAUGCAAGCUUGAAAAAACCUCGAGUUUUGGAUCCUAAGCUUCAUGAUCGCAGUUCCAGAGAUGCGUCAAGAGGAUCGAAAUAUACUAGUGAAGGUGGUGGAAUUUAUUUUGAAGAUAACAAGAGAAGGGUCUUCACAGGUCCAAAUCCUUUGCACAAUAGAUAACUAUUUUCUUUAAUAAGUUUUGUGAAAUUUUGUCUGAAUAAAACAUAUUUGUGAAAGAAAAAAAACAUAUUUAUUUACUUUUUUCUUACUCUGCUAUACAUUACAUCAUACGUGAUCGACCAUGAUUUGUAACGUAUGUUCUAUGUGGAGGUAUGAGAUAUUAAGAGUGAUGAACAAAGAGCUUUUGAAAAAUAGUAGAUAAUGCAUCUUCAUAUGAUAAUUAAGAUGAGUGUGUUCUUAGUUUAUUAAUAUUAAGCAUGAUUCUCUUAUUUUUCCUUUGGAAAGAGUAUGCAGCUGGUGGAGAUUUUGUGUGGUACGAA